CUGCGCAUGCGCACGGCGCGGACCAAGAUGGCGGCUCCCGUGGAUCUGGAGUUGAAGAAGGCCUUUACAGAGCUCCAAGCCAAAGUCAUUGACACCCAGCAGAAGGUGAAGCUUGCAGACAUACAGAUUGAGCAGCUAAGCAGAACGAGAAAGCAUGCGCAUCUUACAGACACAGAGAUUAUGACUCUGGUCGAUGAGACUCACAUGUAUGAAGGUGUAGGAAGAAUGUUUAUUCUUCAGUCCAAGGAGGUUAUUCACAACCAGCUGUUAGAGAAACAGAAAAUUGCAGAAGAAAAAAUUAAGGAACUGGAACAGAAAAAAUCUUACCUUGAGCGGAGUGUCAAGGAAGCUGAGGACAACAUCCGGGAGAUGCUGAUGGCAAGAAGGGCCCAGUAGGAAGUCCAAGGAGACUCCCCCUCACCCACCUCCCCAACCUUCUUGGCAAGGAUGGGCAUGGGGCAAGGAAAGCCUUUGCUCGCCCCAUCGAAACUGUACUGGGCAGCCUCACCACCCCACAUUGUCUCCACUACCCAAGUCCCUUACAGAUCUCAACCCACAGUUGUUACCUGCCUCUGCCUGCCGCUCCUGUCCAGACACGCCCCUCUCCCAGGGGUCAGGGCUGACUUCCCUCUGGGGAAGGCAGGAGCCAGGGGAGCUCUGGCCGAGCCUACCAUUGGUACCAUGCUGGUCAGACCAAUAAAGGCUUCUGCCUCACA